AUGUCUUCCGAGCAGGCCAUGCCCGGCGCCGGGUUCACUGGCUCCGGCUCGGCACCCGAGACGCUGCAACAAUCUCAGCACCCGCAACAGCCUGAUGCGUCCAUGGUCAAACUCACACGAGGAACGAGCUGCGUGCUCUGCCAGCAGCGGAAAGUUCGCUGUGACAAGAACAAGCCUUGUGCCAACUGCGUCAAGGCCGGUGUGGAGUGCAGGGUUGUGCCUCCCCAGCCGCCAAGACGGCGGAAGAAGCGGCUGCAGGAGAGGGAGCUUGUCGACAGGCUGAAGAAGUAUGAGGCUUUGUUGGCGGAGAAUGGGGUCAAGUUUGAUGCUAUUGGGCAUGAUUUGAGAGCUGAUGGUCCGCAUAAUGAGGAUGUUGACGAGCUGGAGAAUGACUUUGAGGGGUUGAAGACGAGUUCGGAGACUACGGCAUCGCCUUCGGCAACUUCACAUAUUGACAGGCCCGGAAGAUCGAUAUUCGCACUUCACAGAGAAUUCCGUGCAAGUGAGCAACUCGUCCACGACUCCUCUGAAGAUGAACCCGACGAGUCUACCAUUCACCGGGCAUUUGACAAAAUGUUCUCCAACAACGACGGCUUCCCCUUUGUUUUCUCUGGCCGACAACAAUCCACAACACACUACCACCCUUCCACCAUUCACAUUUUCCAACUCUGGCAAAUAUACAUCGACAAUGUCAACUCGCUCCUCAAAAUCACACACGUCCCCAGUAUUCAGGGCCAAAUUAUCCAGGCAUCGUCUAACUUGGAGAGCGCCCCGAAGAAUAUUGAGGCCCUCAUGUUUGCCAUCUACUCCAUGGCUGUUACGUCCAUGGAAGACGAGGACAUAGAGAAAAUGUUCAACCGACCAAAAAAGGAAGUCUUGGCACAGUUUUUCGAAGGACUGCAACAAGCGUUGCUCAAUGCUGGGUUCAUGAGGUUCAACGACUUUAUCUCUUUGCAGGCAUAUGUUCUGUACCUGUAUGCCAUCCGGUGGUUUGUCGACCCCCGUCAAGUCUUCUGCCUCAUCGGUAUAGCCGUCCGAAUAGCCCAGAGGAUGGGCCUGCACCGCGAUCCAGCAGGCUUCGGCCUACCACCCUUUGAAGUCGAACAACGCCGCCGUCUCUGGUGGACUAUCGUCGGCUACGACCGUCGCAUCGGUGAAAUGACAGGCUCAACCAUCACGGCCCUCUCCAGCGGCGGCGACUGCAAACUCCCUCUCAACGUAAACGACUCUGACCUCCACGCCGACGGCAAGGAACUACCAACCCCUCACAACGGCCCAACCGAGAUGCUCUUCGCAUUAACACGCCUAGAAAUUGCUAUGGCUGUCUCAAGCAACUCCAACCGCGACAGCGCCAAAGUCAAUCCCGACAAACCCAGCCCGUCCUCGUCCUCCUCAAGCUCCAAGCAAUCCUCCGUGCCAACCAUCCGCAUUGCAGGCCAAGACUCACCCACAUAUACUCUAGACGGGUUCUGCGCCCACAUCGAGGGCACAUAUCUCCAAUACUGCGAUCCCAAAAUCCCCCUCCACUUCUUCACAAUCACCAUGACAAGACAAACGCUCUCGAAAAUGCGCGUCAUAAACUACCUCAUGCGGAUGUAUGCCGGCGACGACGACCCCCUAAAGGACAUUGAACGCGACAACCUGUUCCUCCUAUCCGUCCAAAUGGUCGAAUACGACAACGUCGUCCACGCAUCCGACUCGCUUAAACAGUUUAAGUGGUUUACGGCACACCACUUCCCCUUCCCGGCGUACAUGUUCCUCGUUCAGGAGCUGCGCCAGCGAUGCUACGGCCCCAUGGUCGAGCGAGCAUGGGAAGCCAUCUCGUCGAACCACAAACUCCGCGGAAUGCUGAACAAUCUGCAUAGUCCCAUGCACUCUGCUUUCGGGCGACACUUUGUCAAGGCGUGGGACGCACAUGUCGAGGCCUGCAUGACCAACGGCAAAGAAGCGCCGUCUACGCCACCGUUUAUCGCUAUUCUCCGGGAGAGGAUUGAGAUGCGUCGCAGGGCCAAGAUGGAGAAUCAGCCGGAGCCGGAAAUGCAUCAGGAUCCGUUCGAUUUGCCUCGGCCGGGACAGCAUGAGUCGCCGGAGAAUGUGAUGAUGACGCCGCCCAGUGUAGGCGCACCGCUGGGGAGUAGUGCCGCGAGUAGCAUUGGCAUGGGAGGGACGCCGGUGCAUGAUACGUCGGAUAUGGAUUGGAGUUAUUUGGUUUCCAAUUUUCAGCCGGGGAUGUCGUUUGGAGGUGGUUUUAAUCCAUUCCAGAACUUUGGGCCGUUUGGACCGGGCCAGGGGAUGAAUAGGAUGGGUGGUAUGGGAGGCCCUGGAUCUGGGCCUGGUGGGAUGUAUUAG